GCGUUUAAAGCCCAUCACCUUUUGCCCUAGCUUGCCUUUCGAACCGAACGCAACGCCCGUCUUCCAAAUCAAAAGAAAAACGGGCUCUUUGGGAAGAGGAGUGCAGCCUGUAGAGCUCCGCGCACACUCAUAAGUCAUAAUCUCCCUCUUCGAAUCCUGGCCUCUGCGGCAUCUUUACACAACCAUCGCCGAAUUGAGGACCUAGCCUCCAGUGGCCUAAGAUGGUGCACGUCUCGUACUACCGGAACUAUGGAAAGACAUUCAAAAAGCCACGUCGCCCAUAUGAGAAGGAGCGUUUGGAUUCUGAGUUGAAACUUGUGGGUGAGUAUGGUCUCAGGUGCAAGCGGGAGCUGUGGAGAGUCCAGUAUGCUUUGAGUCGUAUCAGGAAUAAUGCACGAAAGCUUCUUACCCUCGAUGAAAAGGAUCCAAAGCGUAUUUUUCAGGGUGAUGCACUUCUGAAGAGGAUGAAUCAGUAUGGGUUGCUGGACGAGAGCCAAAACAAGCUUGAUUAUGUGCUUGCCCUUACUGUUGAGAAUUUCCUAGAGCGCCGUCUACAGACUUUGGUCUUCAAGGCUGGCAUGGCCAAGUCAAUCCAUCAUGCUAGAGUUCUCAUUAGGCAGAAGCACAUCCGAGUUGGAAGGCAGGUGGUCAAUGUUCCAUCCUUUAUGGUCAGGGUGGACUCACAGAAACACAUUGAUUUCUCACUGUCUAGUCCCUUCGGUGGUGGUCGUCCAGGAAGAGUGAAGAGAAAGAACCAGAAGGCAGCUGUGAAGAAGGCUGCUGGUGGUGAUGGAGACGAAGAAGAUGAGGAAUGAGCAUAUCUUAAAUGAAUUUAGAACCAUGGAGCUUGCGGGCUUGGUUUUGCUUUUCUGUUUUAUUUACCUCAGUUCGGAUGUUAUCUUCCACCUUUGAUACCAUUUUCUUAAAAUGAUUUUGGAUACUGUUCUUUGUUUUGUUUUGUUUUGUUUUGUUUUGUUUUGUUUUGUUUUGCAGUACCUGCUUCCAUGUCUGUCUAUCUUAACCACAAAAAGUUAUUACAAGUCUGGACUGUUUCUUGAACCAGAAACAUCCAGAAUGUUCCUGUCCGGGACUCCAUUGUGCGCACAUGCUUAAAUGCUUUGGCUUCUAGGAAUUAGGACUAUUUUCUAGGACUGGAUUGAUAGGUUUGGGUAUAACAUAGCAGUAUUUCUUAAUUCUUUUCAAGCCCUUUCUGAAUGUAAAAGAUUUUUUAGGAUUUGGACAAACCAUCCCUAGGUUGAAACUUGAAAGGUUUUACAAAAUAGCUGGUUAAUAGAUAUUAUAAGA